GGGUGAUCCGGUGAACCCCGGGGCUGAAACAUGGGCCUCUUGGCGAGGAUACGGAAGGAGUGGUUCAUCAUCGGGAUAGUGCUGGUCAUCUUAGCGGCCAAACUGCAGCCCAGCGUCGGUGUCAGAGGAGGUCCGCUGAAGCCAGAGAUAACCGUAGCGUACGUUGCGGUCUCGCUCAUUUUCUUCAACAGCGGCCUGUCGCUGAAAACGGAGGAGCUGACCAGCGCGUUGCUUCACGUUCGCCUCCACCUGUUCGUUCAGUCGUUCACGCUGAUCUUUUUCCCGUUGGCCAUCUGGCUGCUGCUCAGAGUGCUCGCACUGACCGCCAUCGACCAGUGGCUGCUCAGAGGGUUACAGACGGUGAGCUGCAUGCCCCCUCCGGUCUCCUCCGCUGUUAUUCUCACCAAGGCUGUCGGAGGCAACGAGGCUGCUGCCAUCUUCAACUCAGCGUUUGGAAGCUUCUUGGGAAUCGUAGUGACUCCAGUGCUGCUGCUGCUGUUUCUCGGCUCUUCAUCCUCCGUUCCCUUCUCCACCAUCUUCUCUCAGCUCUUCAUGACCGUCGUGGUGCCUCUGAUCCUGGGUCAGGUGUGUCGAAGUUUCCUCAGGGAGUUCCUCGAGCGGAAAAAGCCUCCGUUCGGCGCCGUCAGCAGCGCCGUCCUCCUCAUGAUCAUCUACACCACGUUCUGUGACACCUUCAGUAUCCCCGACAUCGAGCUGGAUCCCACAAGCCUGCUGCUGGUCGUCCUCAUCAUCUUCUCCAUCCAGCUCAGCUUCAUGCUGCUCACAUUUGCCUUUUCUACCAGGUCGGGCUCAGGAUUUAGCCCUGCAGACACCGUCGCCAUCAUCUUCUGCUCCACACACAAAUCACUGACUCUGGGUAUCCCCAUGCUGAAGAUCGUGUUUGAGGGCUACGAGCACCUCUCUCUGAUCUCAGUCCCUCUGUUGAUCUACCAUCCGGCUCAGAUCCUAAUCGGCUCCGUCCUCGUGCCGACCAUCCGCGACUGGAUGAACAGCCGGCAGAAGUCUAGUCUGUUGUUGAGACAGGGCCCCAUUCCAACACUGCUGCCCUGAGCAGUGAAACUGUCAGCCCUCCAGCCCAUCUGACGAGGAGGAAGUCAGUGUUUGGAUGGUGUUUGUAUUGUGAUACAAAGAAGACUAAGGUGGAGGAAGACAGUAGUCACAUGUGCCUUAUGACAACCAAUCAACAGAGACCUCAGUGGGGGGGGGCGAGGCUUCCUAGUUGCCUCGAUUUCCUCAGUUUCUACCACAACGAAAAACACCUGUCACGUAUUUCCAACAAAUAUAUUCUUUUAUUUUUAAAAGGAGCAAAAGUACAUGUUUUAUUUUUAUAUGGAAUACCCAAAAAAUCCUGUUUAAGCAGCACGGCUGUUUUUUUUGGUUUUUUGGUUUGUUUUUUUAAACAAAGGGGUUGUUUGGUUUGAAAAACAGCAACUGCCAACAGGAACUGUAGGGGUGGAGUUACUAGGACCGUUCUUUUUUUAUUUUCCUUGCUAUUUUUUACAGUUUUCUACUCUCUCUUUCUCCUAGCUGUCACUGCCAGAAAAUGUGGAUGUUUGUCACAAUUCUGCUCUUUACAGAGACAAACUAAUGCUGGAUGAUCUGCCUUUUAAUAUGCAGUAUGAUAUUGUUUCGAUUUUUGACACUUUCUGACACAAGUUUUGUGUUUGUUGACAAGAAGCAGUCUUGAGGUGGUGUUGAGUUAACAAAUCAUCAGUCCAAAUAAUGAAGGCAUGAGUUGAACAUUGUGGUGCGGGAGUGUGAUUUAACAGCCUUAAUAUCGUCAUCUUUCCUGGAUCUAUGCAGAUUCUUAGGUCAGUUCUGUUGCGUUUUAUGUGUUUGUCCUGAUCAAAUUCCUGUCAUUUUCCGUACACCUCGGAUUCUGACUGAAGCAUGUGGGUUUGACUUAGAACAGUGAGGAGGCAGGAGUCUGACGUUUAUGAUCAGGGCUGAUAUCGAGCAGAUUUUAUCCAAAGCAGAAAAAAAGUUUGAAAUUGGCUAAAACAGCUCAAAAAACUUUUUGAAAAAUUAAGUUCUACAUAUUACAACUGUAUGUAGAUGAUUCCCCGUUCAAAGUCCAAAUGAUGUAGUCCUGCUACCAGUCAUAUAAUUUUGUCAUUACCAUAUUCCAUCAACCAAAAUCUGCAAAUCCAGUUUAAAGAAAUGAAUGUCUUGGGGUUGUGAAUCUAAAUCACAGCCUCUUCAUGGACUGGUAGCCAGGCUUGCUGGCAAAUGUAAGGGCUUUCAUGUUACUUGAAGGUACAACCAAGAAGAUAGCAUUAGCAUGUUAACAUUGCUAUCACUGUCUUUCCUAAAUCAGUCUCCUGGCUAGUAGCAUUCCAACCAACCAUUGCUAAAAUAGCGGUAAGGACACGAUCCCUCACCGGCUUCCCAUCUAAAUACACUGCCAGGUGUGUUUGUUGGAAUACAACUAGGACAGAGGCGAGGUGAAUCUGUAUCUUUACAGCUGUAGGCGGUUUAUGGGCUACUUUGUACUGCAUUUCCAGUCCAGUAUCUCUGGGAAACAUGUUCAUAUUGGACUGUUCUGCAUCACAUGACUUACGUCCAGUGCCAGCGUUGAGUGCCAGGUGUGGAAGGUAGUGUGCCCUUUAAGCCUUUUUUUUUU